AUGACUGCGCUGUUCAACUUUACUGGUAUGCUGACAAUGGUGCUGCUCAUCAUUUGCACAUGCACGUACAUCCGCCUCAAGAUGCCGACGAUUUUCGACCGAGGGCAGUUGCCUGGGAAACACGAAGGAUUCACGGGUUUGUGCUGGAAGGCAUCUCGCAUCGGAGAGCGGAAGAGCGAGUAUGUGGCUGCCUUGCUGUUGGCAAUGGCGGUCCACCGGUUGUUCUUUGCCGUGUAG